CAGUCGCGUUCAUUCAACAAUAACUUUAACAACAUAAGAUGAAGGCAGUGUAAUAUCGCGCAGAACUAUCUUUUCACGGACUUUUAUUAAGUUUAUUACAGGAUAUUACCAUAGGCGACGCGAAGACUCACAGCCAAGACGUAAAUAUAAAUAUCUAGGAAGAACGAAGUUGUAACUCUGCUCAAGGUCAAGUUGGUGUCCAAGCCUGAGGUUGUACUUGUCUCUCUGCGUUGCUUCUCUCGGACUCAGUCAUUGCUUGUUCACUUUUAUAGAACAGAUUUUUCGUUUCAAGUGCACCAGGAAAGCUUGUGUGGAUUGAACUUUAUAAUACCUCUAUUCGCCAGGUACAAGAACCGCGAUGGAGACCGAUAUAAAAUGGCUAUGGAAAUCGACCGAAACGGAAGCUUUCUACGAGGUCUACACCAUCAGUUACCAGCUCACUAUCGCCACCCGGGAACCCUUGCUUGAGGAACACCUUAUUCAGACCCUCACGCACCUCUUCAGAAAGUUGCCCCUGCUAAGAGCAUGCUACGGACAGCGUAAUGGGGAAAAGUGGUUCAGAGAAAUGACGGAAAUGAUUCUGGACUUUGAGGUUGUUUCAGAUACCACACCGCAAGAAGUACACAAGAGACUACAGUCAUACCGCUACGACCUGGAGAAAGGGCCUCUGUGGUGUGUUAAGCUUUUGUCAGAACCACCUUCCUCGCCAGAAAUUCCAGCCGGGGUCGACAUGAAACAGUUCUGUUAUGUGUACACAUUAUUCCUGGGUCUUCACCAUGGCAUCACUGACGGUACCUCCAACAUGAAGAUCUGUGGCUUUCUGGUACAACUUCUCGACGCCGUCAUGGGGAGGAAGGCCAUCGAUAACGCAGAACAGCUUGGCGUCUUUAUUUCCGACGAGAAGACCCAUCAAGUGCAGAAGGAGAAACUGGCAUCCAUGGAGACGGAUGCCCAACUCAGGCGCCGGUGGGUGGAAGAAGUUCAGUCUCGUUAUGGACGAUUUUCGUUAGUCAAAUCGAUAUAUAAAGGAGCUGGGGAGAAGGUGCCAAGGACGGGGGUGUUGGAGAGGACCCUGGACACGGACUCCACGAUGGCUUUCAUCAAGCGUUGUCGAUCUGAAGGCGUGACUGUCAAUUCGGCUUUUACGGCUCUUGGGUGCAUGUCUUAGCCGUCGACCUCGCUGGCUG